AUGUCCUGCUGUCCUCCAUCCUGUGCCAUCCCAUCCUGCUCCCCAUGUUCCCCAUGCUGCUCCCCGUGUGACUACCCAAAAGGCGGUCUGGGCAGGCUGGGUUGCUGCCCCAGUCCCUGCGGCCCCUCUUCAUGCUGGGGUAGCUCAACAUCAGCACAUUGCCUUGGCCUCACCAGUGGGGCCAGCGUCUCCUGCAUCAACCAGAUCCCACCAUCCGAAGUCACCAUACAGCCACCUCCUUGUGUUGUUACAGUCCCAGGGCCAGUUCUGGCUGCCAGCUGUGAGCCUCUCCGCGUGGGAGGGUACACGGCCUGUGCCGCCUGCCCCCCUUGUGGCCGCCUCUGCUAA